AUGUUUCGUAAGUGUACAAGGACGUUAAUAGUCCGUUAUUAUUCAAUCCAGUCAAAAAAUAUUAACAUUUCAAACAAUAAUUCACGUGUCAACCAUUUAAACUUUAAGGGGGAGUUAAAUACACAUUUUGACCCUAAACAGGUGCCUAAGUUAGAUGUGAGAGGAUUUGAAAGGCACAACAUAAGAAGGCUGCGACCUUUCAUCAAAUUCCUGCUGUUUCAGUCAAUACCAAUAUUUAUUUUGAUGUUCUUGUACAAAUACCUCGAAAACAAGAAGUUAGAGUCACUAUCGGUAGCAGUAGAGCAAGAUUUAAUACCGCACAUUUUGAGAGUAAUAAAAGGCUCUAAGUCGUUUUUGUUACUGGAAAAGGACUUAGUGUACAUAGAUAUAACGGCAAUAGAUAGUAAUCUGCUGGGAUUUGACGGAAAUAUAAGGGAUAUAAGUCUCGAGAAGCUGCUGAAUUACAUAAGCAAGGAUUUUGACUUCAUAGGAGUUAAGUUCAAGUUAAACACGUCUUAUUUAAACUUGGCAAACAGUAGAGUCAGAGUUUUGUCAUAUAACCCGGAGAGGUACUCGUAUAUCGUACUUGAGGGUGUGUUGAGCACCCGGGCAAACAACAACGGCGGCAGUAAGAAUAGUAACGCCGCUGAUAGUAGUAAUCGUUCUGAUAGAAAUACAGCGGUUGGCGCUGACAACACACCAGACGACAGAAGUGAGUCCCCUAAAGGUACUGGCAGUCACAGCAGCUCUGGUGGUCUUGCAAAUAGUGGCGACAAGGUGCUUUUUAACCUUCUUGUAGACAAAGUAACAGUAAAGUUCACAAACAGAACACUCAGCUCAGCAACAAGCACAACAGUAAAGAGCAGAGAUGACAACACAGAUGGAAUCGUGACGAAGGAUGGGCUAUCGAAGGGAAACAAUAGGCACGUCUACGGAAUACUGUUGGCAGUGUUGGCAGCAGUGAUGCUACUAGGCUUUGUGCUGAGGAGGAGGUCGAAGAAGUCAAACACAGUGGUGAUCAUGGGCCCAGUGAACUCAGGGAAGACGUGUCUCCUGUACAAGCUUGUCAACGGCCGCUUCCCGAAGACAGUGUCAUCGCAGAGCGUCAACGUAGUGAGUCUGAGGACAAACACUAGCAACCAAGCAAACACCGCUGGUGCUACUGCUAAUAACAUCAGUUUGCACAUGAACCACAUCAACAAUUGCAGAAAGUUCAUACUGAUGUUUGAUUCGACAAACAGGAAGUCGUACAAGUUGCUAGUAAACGUACUGCUGCACCUGAUAACACUGACAUACUCAAGUAAGCCAAAAGGAACAGGAAGUAGGAGCAAGGAGAAAUCAGGAGUAGGAAGUAGCGGAAGUAGAAGUAUACUCUUAGUAGGAAAUAAAAAUGACAUGUUCAACUGCAAAAACGUAAAUGAAAUGAAUAAAAUCAUACUACUGGAGCUGGAGUUGCUGCUACAAAACUACUUCGUAAACAAAAGCUCACUGAAUAACGCAGGAGUGGACGUAAACCUGAACGAGUACCUGAGUAGCCUAAAAAACAUGAGCAGUCUGAGUGACAUCAAGGGCUUUGAAACAAAAUUAGUGUCAUAUUCAGUGAAAAAAGGAGACCUCGAGGAAAUAAAGAAGUACAUAACAAGCUAA